AUGGGGGACGACGCUCAGGUGAAAGAAGAAGAGGGGAUGUCGCCUCCUCGCGGCCAAUCUCGAUCCCGCUCUCGGUCGCGCUCGCCCAGGCGCAGGAGCUACUCGCCCGAUCGAAGGCGGCGAAGGGAUUCGAGGGAUCGUUCGAGGUCGAGGUCGCGGGGGCGGGGAAGGUCCUGGUCUCGCUCUCGGUCUAGAUCGCCCCGCGGCUACCGCCGCCGGUCGCGCUCGUACUCGAGGUCCCGAUCCCGGUCGCGAUCGCCGCCGCGCCGACGCCGACGAUCGCCGCCGCGCGGAGAACGGGAUUCACGUCGUCCGCCGCCCGGCGGUCCCGCGAGAGUGAAGGCGGAAGCCGAGGAGGCCAUCCCGUGCGUCGGGUACGAGGGGCGCAUCAUCGGCCGGGGCGGUGAGACCAUCCGCCGGAUCCAGGAGGAGACUGGCGCCAGGAUAUCCAUAGAUCGAGCGUCGGGGGAGUGCAUGGUGUCCGGUAGUACCGAGCAGGUCAUCCUGGGGUCCGCAGCCGUAAAGAAAAUCAUCGCCGAGGCGGGGGAGCGGGGCGGGGGCGGCGGCGGUAACGGCGGCGGCGGCGGCGGGUUCAGGCCCCCGAGCGGGCCGUUCGAAGCCGAGGAGACGAUCCCGUGCGCCGGGUCCGAGGGAAGGGUCAUCGGCAAGGGGGGCGAGACCAUCCGCCGGCUGCAGGAGGAAACCGGAUGCAGGAUCGACAUCGAGAAGGGUUCCGGGCUGUGCACGAUCAAGGGAACCGUCGCGGCCGUGCGCGCGGCGGCGGCGGCGGUGAGGCGACAGAUCGAAGACGGCGACGGCGGUGGAGGUGGGUUCAAGAGGAAGAGGGACUCCGAGGAUGAGCCCAUCGACUCGGCCGCGUACGGGCGAGAGCUCGCGCAACGAGAAGAGGAUGACGAGCCUAAACCGCCGCCGAUUGAGCCGGACUUUGGCCUCUCCGGCGCGCUCGCCGCGGAGACAAACACCGUGAACGGCGUCACGCUGGUGUACACAGAGCCGCUGGAGGCGAAGAAACCGACGGUGCGGUGGCGCCUGUACGUGUUCAAAAACGGGGAGUUGCAGGGCGACCCGCUAAAGAUCCAUCAGCAGUCGUACUACCUCCUCGGGCGGGAGCGCAAGGUUGUGGACAUUCCCACCGACCACCCCAGCUGCAGCAAGCAGCACGCGGUGAUCCAGUUCCGUGCGAGGGAUGUGAUGGACGACGAUACCGGCGAUAUGGUGCAGGUCGUUACCCCGUAUAUACUGGACCUUGACUCCACAAACGGCACGCACCUCAACGGGGAGCGUAUCGACCCGAGGAAAUACUAUCAGCUGCUGGAGAAGGACACCUUGGUGUUUGGGCAAAGCACGCGCGAGUUCGUGAUCCUCAACGAAGAUAGCAAGUGA